UACAAUGCAUAUAUACAUUUUAAAAUUUGAAAGAUAAGACGAGCCGGUAUUUAUGUAUUUUAAUUAAUAAUUAUGGAAACUAAAUCAAUAAUAUUGCCUAACAAUGGAAAAUCUGUCACGCCAGAUGACUCCAAAAGUGAGAUGCAAAUGAUACUUGCUAAAAUGAUGGAAGAAAAACAUACAUAUACGUAUAAGAAAUUAGUAGUACCUAUGUCAAUGAGAAGUAUUUAUUGGAAGUUCUUCGGAUUUCCAGCUACUGAAGAUGGUGAUAUUCUUACUAAAGUAAAAAUCGUUUGUGUAUUGUGUAAAACUCAAAUUGCAUAUAAUCGUAAUACUAGUAAUUUACGUAUGCAUCUGCAAAAUAAACAUGCUCAAGAACUUUUAGAAUUAGAAGCUACCAAUCCUCCUCGUAGACAGGUACUUUCACAAGAAACAAAGGAGCGACGAGCUCAAAAAAAAUUAUUAAAGGCAGGAUUAACUUCUGCUCAGCAUAUUUAUACCACUAAUGCUGAUGGUACUGUUCAAAUAGAUGGAGAUAUUCAAUUUGUGACUGAUCCAAACAUAACUUUAUCUAAUAUUGAAGAUGACAUUACAAUUGGUCAACCAUUACGAGUUAUGAUUAAAAGUGGUUCUAAUCUAGGAAACAAUAGUCAAAAUGUGGCCUUUCUUAUGCCAGAAGAUAAUCCUAUAAAUCAAUCAAGUAUUGAUGGGAAAACUGUAUCAGAUGCUAUAGCAGAAUUUAUUAUAAUGGAUCUACAGUUACCAGAGGUGGUAGAAGGUAGAGGUUUUCAAAGACUAGUCGCAACGUUACGUUCACCCUGUGAAAUUCCUAGUAAAAAUAAAUUAGAAGAAGAAAUAAUACCAAAGAUUUAUGAUGCAUUUCGUGAAUCAGUGACAACAACUUUAUCUUGUAUUAAUAGUGAAGUAGGUUUAACAGUUGAAGAGUGGAAAUCAAAUUCUGAUGAACGAUUUGUUACUAUUUCUGUGUAUUAUCAAAAUUCUGGUGAGCCAGUUUUAGAAUGUAAAGUACUAAGUACAAUUCAUGCACCUUUAGAUUGGGAUGAAUCUCAGUGGGGUAACACGAUAGACUCUUUGUUACUUGAUUGGGAUUUAAAAAUAGAGAAAAUAACUGCAGUAGUGGUAGCUACAUCUAGACCAGAAUUAUUAGCUGCUUUAACCAGCAGAGGAUUAACAUUAGUUCCUUGUUUAUUAUAUACUUUGCAAGUGUGUGCUCAAGCCUGUUUUGAAAAUCCAGAAGUUGCUACAAUAUUAUCAAAAUGUAGAGCAGUCAUAGGAGCUAUUAUAAGUCAUCCAGCUGCAUCUGCGGCUUUAGCUAUGCAGGAACAAUUAUUGGAGUUAGAAGAGAACACUAUGUUAAUAGAUUAUCCACCUGUAUGGACAUCAACAUAUAACAUGCUUGAACAAAUAGUUAUGCGUCAUAAUAUUGUGACAUCUAUUUUGGAGAGCAUGGAAGGUGUGGAUCAAGAAGUAGUUGAUCUAACAAAUGAACAGUGGAAAAUUGUGGAAGAUCUAGUGAAUGUUUUAGAACCUUUCAAAGUUACAAUUAUGACACUCAGUGAAGAAAAAAUGCCUUUAAUAUCAUUACUGAAACCAUUACUUUGGCAACUUGUGUCUUCUCAUCUGAAAGUAAAAGAAACUGAUAGUGAUAUAGCUAAAUCAUUUAAAGAAUCUUUAUCUGAUAUGCUUUGUGAUAGAUAUGCAGAUUACAAUGUUACACUCUUACUUCAAAUUGCAACUACACUUGAUCCAAGAUUUAAACAACUACCAUAUGCCACUGAAGAAGAUAAAAACUUGGUUGCAGCUCCUAUAAAGGAGAUGUUAACAAAAUUAAUACAAGAAGAAUCUGGUGAUACUUCAAAUAUUAAAGUUGAAGAAGAACCUCCAAACAAAAAAAAUCGUUUAUCAGGCAUGGAACUUUUACUAGGAGGUUUAUGUUCAGUGAAAAGUGGAAUGCCUGCAGAAGAAAAAGCUGACCUUGAACUUGUACAAUAUCAUUCUGAAUCUACUGCACCUCUAGAUUAUUGCCCUCUUCAAUGGUGGGCUAAAAUUUCCGCAAAAUGUCCAAACUUAGGCAAGCUGGCUUGUAGAUAUAAUUGUGUGCCAGCAUGUUGUGCACCACCCUCAAGAAUACCAGCAGAAAUACAAGUUUUAUACGACACAAGACGAGCUGCUUUACCACCUCAUUUGAUAGACAAACUACUUUUUCUUCAUGGAAAAGAUUUAUUUCUUCAAAUUAAAAAAAGGAACUCCUAUUACAUUUCAACGAGAUAAUAAGCCGAUUCCGUUAUUGAUUUGAAAUAGUUUUUUUUUAACAUAAUAUUAAAAUAUUUGGAUUUUAUUUAAUUUAAUUACUGCAUUGAACAUACGCUUAUUAAUUUGUAUGUUUAUUUUACUUCUCAAUUAAUUUAUAUAAGUCAUAUAUAACCUGAAGUUUCUAAUUAACAAUAGAGAUUGAACUUGAAAAAUAUAUGAAUGCAUUUGUUCAUUAUUAAGAAGAAGAAUAUAUUUGAUUAUAUCAGAAGUAGAAGCACAUUAAAACAGUUAAGAUCAUCUUACAUAAGUUAUGUAACGUAAUCAAGUCUUUUUCAUUUUGCUUAAACAUUAAUGUUACUACUUUCUAAAUAUUUUGAAUGUUAAAACUACUGUGAAAAAAUAUAAAAGGCUAAAUCAUAAUGACAAAUAUAUAGAAAAAACAUGUCACUUCUAAAGAUGAUACAAAAAUAGUUUUGCAUUUUCAAAACAUGUGAUGUAUUAAAAUGUAUAAAAACUUUUA